CAAUAAAUCUGGAGUUACUACAAGUAACUGGAGUAAUAUUCAUGUCUUUAAAAACCUCCUUAUGCAAGACAAACGUGGUAGCGUUUAGCCGAUGCGGUGUAUUUGCGUUGAACUUGUCGAAGUCCGUCGGCAACUGGUCGCUCUCUGGCGCAGCCUUUAAAAGCCAUAGCCGAAACACGGGCUAGCUUGAUGAACAACGGCACCGAUCGCAGGUUACGCACACAAAAAAAGUGACUUAACAAUUGGGUGUACUGUAGUAUUCGUUUCUAAUAAGUCUGACGGCUUGCCCGACCUGACUCCGCUGCCUGCCCGACCUGACUCCGCUGCCUGCCCGCCUUUCCUGUAAAUCCUCCAGAGAUGCUGCGGUACCCGAGUGAUGUCCUCUCAGACGGAAACCAUGGUGGUGCUGCCCAUCUGGGGGCUCUCGCUUCCCCUCCCCGCAGUGCUCAUCAUUACAGUGGGUCUUUACAUGGUCGUCGUCGCAAUGGCGCUGUGGUUUCGGCAUUGCCUCAAGGACCAGUGCUCUUUCAUGUGGGGAGAAUGCUGUCCAAACAUUUCCCCAUGUGAACAAUGCUUCGCAUGGGCUGAAUCGUGUGAUUGUCGCCCACCGUCCCUCCGCUCAUGUCUGGACCAGACAUGCCCUUCUCCCUCUUGUGCUGGAUGGGACUGUGCUUGUACCUGCCAGCCUCCUGAGUGUGAAUCCUGCAACUGCCUCUGCUUUGAGAUCAAGAUUAGGUAGCAGAAAAAUUAUGGCUGCUGCAGAAGCCUGUACUGUGAUUUUCUCCUGGCUGUGUUUAUGUAUGAGUUUUUCAUUUGGGUAGCCAAUACAAGUUGUCUGGACAAGGAACGUUUUGGCUUGCAACUUUUUUGUUGAAGGAAACCAUCUUAAAAACUGCUAUUUUAUAAAGACACAAGUGUUGCUUGAAUCAGAUGACUUCCUCAUUUUUUAAUUUUAAUAUGCUGUG